UUCUUAUCCUUUCUCUUUCAUUAAGUCGAAGUUCUCUCCUGUAUUGACACAUACCUACGGUACAAAGAGCACUAGCCCGUCAGGACCCUACCCACUAUAAACAGUCACAGAAUGGCCGAGUCCGGCGUAACUAGCGGCGAGGUAUCCACUAUCACCAAUGGUACAUCAUCAGAUUCGCUGGCUAAGAUUACAAUUGAAAUUCCGCCUACUUCAGUCGCAGAUGACGAGACGUUCGUUACGACAAUUGUAGGCACCGUCAACGCCGCGUAUGCGCAGGAUGAAGCAGGUAUUUUCAAGCCAGGGUAUUUACGUACCAAAACCACACCCCAAUCACCCUCCGGGCGCACUCCUCUAGGCUGCAUCUCCAUCCGCAAACUCAGCGACACUCGUGGCGAGCUGGGUUUAUUCGCCGUUUCGCUGGACCAGCGUGGCCGCGGAUUUGGUCGAGAUCUGUUGGUCUUUGCGGAGAACUGGUGCCGCGAUAACCUAGGAGGUCCGGGUGUGGCUAUCUCACAGGUCGAUCUAUUGGUACCCACGCAUUUUGAACAUCCCUUUAAGGUGCGCCUGAAUGCGUGGUAUAGCAAGUUGGGGUAUCAACUCGUCGGGCGUCAGGAUUUCGCAGUCGAAUACCCGAGUCUGGCUCCACAGCUGGCUGGUCCUACGGAGUAUCGCCUCUACGAAAAGAAGUUGAUAUGAAUGAAGGAAAUGUAGAACUCGUCGCGAUCGAU